UCUAGGGACAUUUUGUUUCUCAUCCCUUGCUGAUCACGAUGGCGAUUUCCUUUGAGAUAAAACAUGGUUCGCUGUUUUUACUGCGACAAUUCAGUUUGAAAUCAAGGUUUGGCCUUGUUUUAGUUCGGGGCAUCUCGUCAGUUUCGCCGAAUGCAGCUCAGUCGCUUAUGCGAGAGGAACCGCACGUGACGGUGUGCAUGGUGGGCCGACCGAAUGUGGGCAAGUCGAGCCUCUUCAAUCGCUUGCAGAGUAAUAACCGCAACACAGAGAACAACCGGCAAAAAGCUAUAGUCUACACGGCAGCGGGCACGACUCGUGAUGGGAAGUCGGCGAUGUGUCAGCUAGGGCGAUUGAAAAUGAUGUUGCAUGAUACACCAGGGCUUGAGGAUGAUUCUUUAACGGAGAAUAGCGAACUCUUGCAGAAGAUGCGGCAGAAAGCCUUGGAAGCCGUCUCGCGGAGCGACGCCGUGAUUUUUAUGGUGGACGCUAAGGAGGGUGUGACUCCGCUGGACUUGAAAUUAGCAAGAAUGCUCAGUAAAAGAGUUCGACGCCUGAACGAGCUCUUCAAGGAAAAGGAGCAGAAAGGAGAACGAAGUCGGCCUCCGAUAUCCAUCGUCUUGGUGGCGAACAAGGCGGAUGGUGCUCAAGACUUCCCAACUGAUGCCAUUGCUGACUGCUAUGAUUUGGGCCUCGGGGAUCCUGUCAUGAUAUCGGCUACUAAGAAUGAAGGCACGGACGAUCUGUAUGACCGUUUGAUGUUGGACGUUGGAGACAGGCUGAAAGGAGCAUGGGCGGAUAUGGACGAAGAAGUAGUUGAAAGAAAGGACGAUGAGGACGCGAUCCAAACGGCCAUGGCUCGAGAAGGACCUAGUUUGGAAAUGAUUGAAGAAAUGCAUGAUAUUUGGCUAAAGGAGGCCAUCGAAUAUAAAGAGUACAAAGAGGCUAUGAGACAAGAAAAGAAAGAGGCUAGAGAAAAGGAAAGACAGAAGAGGAGGGAUCGAAAGAGAGGAUUGCCGGUGGAGGACUCGGAAAGUGAGGAAGAUGAUGAGGACUUCGACGAGGAGAUGGGAGAUGGCCCGCCGCCUGAUGGAAUGGAAGAGAACAUCACAGAUGAAAUAGGUGUAGACGGACGAACGAUGCUGGAGAGGAAGGCUCUCGCGAAGUACCUCACGAAGAAGCCCUAUCAUCUGAAGGAUAAAAUGACGCGCGACGUUGUUUUGGAGGAGAGGCGGCGGCUGUUGAGGGAUGAGCGAACGAUCAACAUGGCAUUCGUUGGUCUUCCCAAUGCUGGCAAAAGCUCGUUAGUGAAUGCUCUGCUCAAAGAGGAGAGGAUCAUAACUGAUACAACUCCGGGUACUACGACCGACACUAUCGUCACGGACUGGUCGUUCCGUGAACACAAGAUUAGACUCUUCGACACCGCAGGUGUAUUCAGAGGCUGGGCGUACAAGGGAGAUAAGGAACUUAUGGGGCCGGGAUCGGAAACGCAGCGAGCCAUUCGCUUCGCCCAUGUAGUGGUGAUAGUCGUGGACGGGUCCAGAGCUGAGCGAUCCCACGUGCCGAACAGAGCUGAGCUGAAGCUACUGCGGAUGGCAGUGGAGAUGGGAAAGUGUGUGGUCGUGGCCAUCAAUAAAUGGGACCUCGUUGAAGAACGACAUAAGGAGAAGUUACGACAGCUGUACGUGACGAGUACUGUGAAUAAGUCUGCUCAAGUGAAGGGGAUGCCUAUAAUGUUUAUCUCGGCGAAGACUGGGUUCAAUGUUAUGAUGAUGAUGACUCGGGUCCAAGCGCUGUUCCGACGAUGGAAUGGUAGAGUGGCGACUUCUGAUAUCAACGACUGGAUGAGGAAGUUUCAAGAGCAUUAUCCACCACCAUGGAAGGACGGUGUGAAAUUUUAUCCAAAGUAUGUGACCCAGGUUCGAUCCCGGCCACCGACGUUCGUCUUCUGGGCGAAUACGCACGGUGGGUUCCCGCCCAACUACAUGCAACAGAUGCGGAAUUUAAUGCGCGAGGAGUUCGGCAUGGAGGGAACGCCAAUUCGAAUGCUAAUUAGAAGCACGCUAAUGCCUGAUCCGAAAAAGAAAUUGGGGAAACAGGAAGUACUGAAAUGGAAGCGGAUGGGCCCGAGGCAAGCGGAGGCUGUCAAACACCUCAAGGGGGAGAAGGGGAAAGCUGUCAAGGUCAAACGCAUGGCACCUACAGUGAAUACGAGACGUUUCUGA